AUGGCUGCUUUACUUUGGCAUCCUGGUAGAGGUAAAGACAUUGGCAGAUUAAGUUUAUUCUUUUCCAUCUUUUUGAAGAAAGUUGUUUCCCGAAAUGCACCGCCAUCUGAAAUUCUACCCUGGAUUCCUGCAUCAGCAAAGUCAGAAAAUGAUGAAGCUGAUCAAGAAAGCGAAAUACUGCGAAGCACGUCUGCAACUCAGAACACUUCUCAACCUUCUCCAAAUGAGCAGCAACUCGAAUCACAGCUGGUAAUGAAAGCACCUGUAAAACAUCAUCUCACAAAGUCCGCUCCCAAAAGCAAAAAUCCAAAUGUCAGGCUACACGUCGAGAUGAAGACGACCGAAGAGCAGAUGAGGCCUAUAGAAUUCUGCAAACAGCUUCAAAUCACGACAACUUUUCCAUAUACGGACAGCAUGUGGCAAAUGAAUUGCGAAAACUGA